AUGGCUGCAAAGGUAGACAGUAGCCCCGGGUGGGUCCCCAGCAGUGGCUCCAACCUGGGUGCAACCCGAGAGCACGUGCAGGCGGUCACCCGAAACUACAUCACCCACCCCCGCGUCACCUACAGGACCGUGUGCAGCGUCAAUGGGCCCCUGGUGGUGCUGGACCAGGUCAAGUUUGCCCAGUAUGCUGAGAUCGUCAACUUCACCCUCCCCAAUGGGACUCAGAGGAACGGGCAAGUGCUUGAGGUGGCUGGGACCAAGGCAAUUGUUCAGGUGUUUGAAGGGACCUCUGGGAUCGAUGCCCAGAAGACCACCUGCGAAUUCACAGGGGACAUCCUACGGACUCCAGUGUCGGAGGACAUGCUGGGUCGGGUUUUCAAUGGCUCUGGCAAACCCAUUGACAAGGGGCCAGUGGUCAUGGCAGAGGACUUCCUGGAUAUCAAUGGCCAGCCAAUCAACCCCCACAACCGCAUCUACCCGGAGGAGAUGAUUCAGACGGGCAUCUCGCCCAUCGACGUCAUGAACAGCAUUGCCCGUGGCCAGAAGAUCCCCAUCUUCUCAGCAGCUGGGCUCCCCCACAAUGAGAUCGCUGCCCAGAUCUGCCGCCAGGCCGGGCUGGUGAAGAAGUCCAAGGCCGUGCUGGACUAUCACGAUGACAACUUUGCCAUCGUCUUUGCAGCCAUGGGGGUGAACAUGGAGACAGCCAGGUUCUUCAAGUCCGACUUCGAGCAGAACGGUACCAUGGGCAAUGUCUGCCUCUUCCUGAACUUGGCCAACGACCCCACGAUCGAGCGGAUCAUCACCCCACGCCUGGCACUGACCACGGCUGAAUUCCUUGCCUACCAGUGUGAGAAGCAUGUGCUGGUCAUACUGACGGACAUGAGUUCCUACGCAGAGGCCUUGCGGGAGGUCUCAGCUGCCAGAGAGGAGGUGCCUGGGCGCCGAGGCUUCCCCGGGUACAUGUACACAGACCUGGCCACCAUCUACGAGCGGGCAGGCCGCGUGGAGGGCCGGGGCGGGUCCAUCACUCAGAUCCCCAUCCUCACCAUGCCCAAUGACGACAUCACCCACCCGAUUCCAGACCUGACGGGCUUCAUCACAGAGGGACAGAUCUACGUGGACAGACAGCUUCAUAACAGACAGAUCUACCCCCCUAUCAACGUCCUCCCUUCCCUCUCGCGGCUGAUGAAGUCCGCCAUUGGGGAGGGCAUGACGAGGAAGGACCAUGGAGAUGUCUCCAACCAGCUGUAUGCCUGCUACGCCGUCGGGAAGGACGUGCAGGCCAUGAAGGCAGUGGUGGGGGAGGAGGCGCUCCUUUCCGAGGACCUGCUCUACCUGGAAUUCCUGCAGAAAUUUGAGAAGAACUUCAUCAACCAGGGUCCCUACGAGAAACGCUCGGUGUUCGAGUCUUUGGACCUGGGGUGGAAGCUGUUGCGCAUCUUCCCCAAGGAGAUGCUGAAGCGUAUCCCGCAGAACAUAAUUGAUGAAUUCUACUCCCGCGAGGGGGCACCGCCGGACCCCGAGCCCGACACGGCGCUUUAGCCCCGCGGGAAGCCUGGCCGCGCCCUC